AUCGAACACCCCUCCCUCUCCAUGCUAAUGGUCCCUGCUCCAUACCGUCGCCUGUGUGCGGUUGUGUCCUCCACGCUGCUGCAGUUCGGCUACACCGGUCUGAGGUGCUGCUGCUGCCUGAACCACACACACAGCGACCCAGCCCGUCCAGUAGCGGUGGAUACCUACCUUACCGCCUCCAGCCUGUGGAGAGACCGAGAGGAAGAACUUAGUGUUAGAUCGCGACGGCGGAUCGACGCGACUGCUCUGGGUCUGUGGACCAGCCUCCCCCUUUCUUCCUCCUGCCGCCACCACCGACGCUGACGUACGUCCGUGGUGCACAUUUUGAGUACGAAAGGAGGAGGAGUCUGUCUGUGAGCGCAAGGGGAGAACAGCCGCCGUGGAUGCACAACUACACAGUUGUUGCCGGGGACCAGCUCACUAGUUUUCCCGGUGUUUUCGAUCCGGUGGAUUUGAUGCAGCGCUGAUUCCACAUCCUGAUCGCGACGGAUCCCAGCACAGCAGCGGUGUGUGCAGCAGGAGGAGCCCGUUGGUCACAGCCGGAUAAUCGCGGGAACAUCACUCGGCGAGCGGUUGUCAAACAAUUCUCAUCUAAAUAUAUGACUGCGGUCCUUUCAGCUUGACGGCAGCAAUGGAAGUCGUUGUGACCGAAGAGAAGAAGAAAAUCUUCCGUGCCAGGAAAACCAUGAAGAUCAGUGAUCGACAGCAGCUGGAGAGUCUUCACAGCACUUUGUUGUCGGCAGCUCCGGGAUUGUCCAACCCAUCUCCGCCACCACUAAUGAACGGCACUCACAAAGAGGACGGACAAAAAGUAGGGGAUAAAGAGCAAAACAACAUCUCGGACUCAAACUCCCCUAAUGCUACAUCACCUGCCUCUCCUGCUCCUUUCCUGUCCCUGAACCUGUCACCCUCCCCUGGCUCUUCACAAAGUCCCACAACAAAGGAUGAAACUCCGGCCACAUCUCCUACAUCACCAUUCCACUCACUAAACUUUGAACUGAAACAGAUGGAGGAUAAGGAAGAAGAGACAAAAGGGUCUCUGUUGCCAUUGUUAAGGGAUGCUGUUACACUAGCACCGACGAAAUCAAAGGAAAACCAGGAAAAAGACACUGAAAUGAUUCCAGAGGUGAAAAAGAAAGAGGAGAAACAGACUAUAGCAGAGAACCCAGCUGUGGAUCCGAAGAAGGAUUCCACUAAAGGUCUGGUUCCAUGUUCGCCUGUGCCACCUCCAGUUUCUGACUGCACAAAACCAGUGGAUACAGAUAGCGACGCUACAAAGGCCGUGGACCCUGAGGCCCCCGCAGCCAAAAUGAAAGAUGAAAAGCCUUCCUCACCUAGAUCUAUAACUUCCGAUUCCUCUCCUUCUUGUUCCUCCUCGUCUCAUCCAGCUUCCUCCUCUGGUGCGGAUCUAUCACAAAUCAAAGAUAUCAAAAAGGAUAACAUAAAAGAAGAAAAGGACAAGAAAGAGGUUGUGGAGAAAGGAUCCGUCGGUGAGGAAAAGAUGGAGGUGGACUCAGUAAAAGUGGAGCCCAAAGUGAAAAAACCUAGCAUCGGAAAAAUCACAAAACCAUCUCGACCAUCAUCCACUCCGCCAUCGAAUACAGUGCAAGAGGACAAGGGCUCAACCUCGGGUGUGAAACGAACUUUAUCAGAGGGUUCAGAAAAAGAUGGACAAACGGUGAAAAGAGAGGGGAAGAGGCCAAAGGUGGAGCGUGAGGAGUUGGAGGCUCAGUUGGAAUUUAAAAUCACUGCAAAAGCUGGUAGCCACCACAAACUUGAAAAGAUUGUGCAGCAACUAGUGGAUGAACGGUUGAGGGUCUUGGAGAUGACAAUCUUCGACAAGCAUUUCCAAGAACUCAAGGACAGAGUAGACAAGCUUGACUGUGCCACCAAACACCAAACUGUCAUUAACACACUCCAAGCCAAAAUAGCGCGAUUAGCAAAAAAGUUUGGUGAAGCUAAUCAGGCAUCGGAGAACAAAAGGAAACAAGAGGCACUUGCCGCUGCUGCUGCUGCCUCUGCUGCCAAGACUGCCGCAGUUGCAAACAACCCUCAAGUUCAGCGGCCGAUCCGGACUUCCAUGGAGUUAAAGCAGAUAUCAACAGUGUCUUCCUCAACCCCAGCUGUGAAUCCAGCUCAGACAGCCCUGUCAGCCUCGGUCCCGGCUUCAGUCACAACAUCCACCUCCACAACUAUGGUUCAGCAGGCACCCAUCCUCCAGCUGAUCACCUCCUCUGCUAAUGCUGCUAACACCUUGGCUGCUGGCAUCACCACUCAGAGUCCCACAGGCACCCUGCUGCUGAAGGCAGGCCCUGGGAACAGCAUGAUGGCUUCGGGCCAGCCGCUCCUCAUCCAGCUGCCUUUAUCAGUGGCUAAUGGUCAGGCAGGAACACUGGUCAACUUCCCCGUCUCCUCCUUGUCUGCAGCCAAUUCACUCAACAAGGCCAAAAACACUGCUUCUACCACCACGUAUAUACUCAAGCCCGCUCCCAUCAUCACAACGACAUCAGCUUCUACCCCAGCUGCUGCUACUGUCUCAGCGCUCCAAGCCUCCACCGGCCAGUUUCCCUCUACCCAGAUCUCUCUGGCCCGAGCUGUGUAUCAGGGGGGUGCAGGGGGGAUAACUACUCCCAAUGCUGGUAUGUCCGUAACCACGGCCAGGACGCCAGCUCAGUCCAUCUCUAUAGCCGGAGCGAUGUCGUCUGCCUCCUCUCCUGCAACGUCUGGGCCAGCAGCUACAGGUUCCACUGCUCCAGGACCUCCACAGGGGACAUCUCUGACGUCAAAGACAGACAACCAAGCUAAAGCAGCCACGGCACGACCCAAAGGCUCCUUCAUAGAUCUCACUGAGGAUGAUGAUGAUGUGCAAGUGACAGGAGUGAAAAAUGCCACUGUUGCCGCCCCCUCAUCGACCCAGCGUCCUCUUCCAACCGUCAGCCUUGUCAACAGUACAGGAGCAAGGUUGUCUCCACACAGCAGUCCUCAGUUGACUGUCCACCACCGCCCCCCACUGGACUCACCAUUGAAACCCCGCCCUGUAACCACUACUACCCCGAGCCGGGUUUCGGUGCUGCCCCCUCUCCCUGUGGCACCCGCACCGUCACGUUUACCCCCAGAGGCUGAGCGGACCACACUUCCUCAGCAACCCCAGCUGAAGCUGGUGCCAAGUCAGACUGGUAUAGUUUUGUCCUGGUGUGUGUCAGAAACUGACCGGACCUGUGCAGCUGUAGACAGUUAUCACCUCUAUGCCUUCCACCAAGAUAACUCCAGCAGCAAUGUGUUGCAGCAGCACUGGAAGAAGAUUGGGGAGGUGAAGGCCCUUCCCCUGCCCAUGGCCUGUACACUGACACAGUUCCAGUCUGGCUCCACUUAUCAUUUUGCUGUUCGAGCCAGAGACAUAUACGGGCGCUUUGGCUCCUUCUGUGAACCUCAGUGCACAAACGUCAUCAGCGCCAGCUCAAGUUGAGCAGAUAAGGAAAGGAAACACAGUUUUGCAUUUGAAAGUUCAGGACUUCCUUUAACUUCAUUAUUGUACGUUGUACACAAACAGUAUAUGUAAAUAUCUCUACAUUGACAGCUAGACUUCUGAAUGACUUGUAAAACAAGCAGCAAUCGGUUGGUUUGUCUGGUUAAUGUAUGUAUUGUAUUUUUUGUGACCGUUGUAUAUGAUCGAAUUUCUCUGCCUCUCCCCCAAGUCAGAUAUUUAUGUUGACUCCUGUUACUCUGGCCUGGAUGUGUUUUGCUUUACUUGAGAAGAGACGAACGGAUUAUUCGUGUAUACUCAAGAAUUGCACAGAAAUGUAUUAUGUGUGGUAGAAACUGAAUGAUAACUUUUGUAAAUGUUGUCUGGCAACCAGACUUUGACAAACUCAAUAAAAGGUUUUAUUAAA